UCGUUGUUUACUGCUGAGACUCCUCCUACGUUGUCGAAGGGACGGAGGCAUAUUUUGUAUGCGUGCGAAGGAUUUUUUUUACAAUGGAUUGAUUCGUAUACAUACGAACAGCCAUUGACCAAGACAUUCUUUUAAAGUUGUGAGAUACUUACCGACAACAUUUUUACCAGAUACAUUGUUUUUAUCGCUGCACAUAGCAGUGUUAGUCAGCUAACCUUAGACAACUGACAGUUAGCAUAGGCUGAUGAAGUAGCAGGCCUACCGAAGCUAACGGCUGGCGUGCGACGUAAACAAACAAUCAGAUUUCUAGUUCGCGUAUGACGUUGUUUUCUUCCAGUUCUCUUGACAAAUUAUUGACAAAUUAUUCGCAAUGAAUUGCCGCUCAGAAGUAUUGGAGGUGUCGGUGGAGGGAAGACAAGUUGACGAAGCUAUGUUGGCCUUGUUGCACACGAUACUGCUACACAGGAGUACAGGGAAAUUCCAUUACAAAAAAGAAGGCACGUAUUCCAUCGGAACAGUCGGUACACAAGACAUUGACUGUGAUUUCAUCGACUUCACUUUCGUGCGAGUGUCCUCGGACGAGUUGGACAGGGUUAUCAGGAAAGCGGUUGGCGAAUUCAAGGAUGCUCUAAGCAACUCUGGGAGUGAUGGGAUGGGUCAAAUCUCCUUGGAGUUCUACCAGAAGAAGAAAUCACGAUGGCCUUUCUCUGACGAAUGCAUCCCAUGGGAGGUUUGGAGCAUCAAAGUAAAUGUAGUGAAUUUGGCCAAUGAGCAAGAGCGUCAGAUCUGUCGUGAGAAAGUGGGCGAGAAAUUGGGUGAGAAGGUCAUCAACAUUGUCGAAGUCAUCAAUCGUCACGAGUACUUGCCAAAAAUGCCCACUCAGUCGGAAGUGGACAAUGUGUUUGACACCAGUCUGAAAGAUGUCCAACCCUACUUGUACAAGAUCACUUACCAGAUCACGGACUCUCUUGGGACAUCUGUAAGCACAACAAUGAGACGACUUAUUAAAGACACUUUGGCACUGUAAAAGUGAGAGCGCAGUCUUCUCACUGUUCUCCCAAGAUGUUUUUAACAAAUGAUCACAGGUCAUACAGUACAUCGCCUAAUCAUCGAUCUGCUGACAUUACCACAACAAAACAACAACGUCAUGCACCAUGAUUAGGUUUAACAUAUAACACAGGAUAUGUUUCGCUAUAUCCUAUUCAUACAUCAGAAGUUCCCAAAUUGGAGGCUAUUACGUUCCGAAGAAGCCGAAUGACCUAAAAAUUAUCUAUCUUAGUGGCUUGCUUAACAGGGUGAACAAACGAGAAGUUUCUUCAAAAAACUCUCUACAGAUCACCAUUAUACAGCCUCACACUUUGCCUUUUAGAAAAUAUAACCAUGGAUGCGCAUUGUAGUUAUUACUGUAAAAAUGUACAGAGGUUGGAAUUGAAGUGUGGACACGUCCGUUCACAUGAUUACUCCAUCACAGGGUGCCUGCCAACCCUACAGCUUUCCUAUAAUAUGUAGGCCUAACAUCAUGUCUUGUAUAUAAAAGUAAAUACAGCAAUUCUAACCAGAUUGUGAUACAUGGACACCUGAUUUUUCUUUAAUUUAUUCCUUUUUUGUUAUAUGAUGUAGGUAGCAAUUUGCAUUAUCUGUUGUCAGUGUAAUGUAAAAUGAAUGUUUUCGGAUUCCAGAAAGAAAAUAAAUCUGAUGAGAUACAA